UGAGUGUUUGUGUGUGUUUUUAGUGGGGAAAGGCAGGAGACACGAAGCAUCUCUCUGCUCGUUUAUGUCACCAGCUGUGGGAUGUUAUCUGAUGGCUUUUUUUCCACCACGGGACCUUAACCACCUGUAACCCGGAGCUUCACAGAACCUGGAGGAACCGCGAGGCACUGGUUUCAGGUUCUGCCACCGUGUUUAACACACACAAAUGUUUGGGAUAUAUGUCACUGGAAAGGUGACAACGUAUUGCGACUCCAGCACAAACGUCAUUAUUUUUAGCCGUUAUCGUUAAAUGACCCGGGUCCCCCUCACAGUAGGAGGUCUGCUGAAUGGAGCCAAAAGAGACCAUGAGACUGGCUCCAGGUCAGCUCCCCAGACAGGCCGAGUCCCGCUCCCUCUCCACUACAUACCAUCCAAAAAAAAAAAAAAAAACCAUCCUGCUGCUCAGUUCUGUCCUGGACUAAUGUGCAGUCACAUCGCAUCCACAUUUACAUUUUCAUCCUGCGCAUGUUUGCUCGAGGGAUUCGGGUUUCCUGUUUGGCUGCGACCUUGAGCUUUGACCGACGUCAGUCAGUAGAGACGCUCGUGUCCUGUGUUCGGAAAUGGAAACUGAACUAUUUCGGUGUUUCACAUUACUAGAGUACGGACCGUAAAAUGUUUCACUCCCAAACACUGUUUAUAAUUUCUGAUGAAUAUUUAUUUAUAGAGAGGCAGAGUCGUGGCGUCACGUCCUGUCUAGUUUCUAUAACUCAGCAUUUCUUUCAUCUGUCGUACUGAAAGUUUCUGUUGUCUCAGACACAUCAGCUCCACUACAGCAGCUGCUAUGAGAAAGUGAAACUGAAACCGUGAUUACUUUGUGAGCACAGAAAAAAAAACUACAGGUGCGUUCUGUUCAUUUCCGUAAAACUCUCGUUUUCCUACUUCCUAGCUUUAAUCUCUGCUGCGAAGCCCUCAGACAUCUAGGGCUUAUGGGAAACGGAGUCUGUUAAAGGCCACUAAAAACAUAGAGGAAACACAACAACAUUAGACCUUUUCCAGUUUGACCUGAGCGCUCUGACCCGCAGUGGCGAUGUGACAUCAGGUCUGUUCUCAGGACAGAACCAGAGACGGCGGCUUCACCUUCAGCUCCAGGUUGUUAAGCUCCUGUGGUGGAAAAGGCCUGCGAUUGGUAUCACAGUAGCCCCCCGUCGGACCCCACCCGCCUUCCCUCUCCCUUCAAACUCCUACGAAAGAAAACUUGAAUUUUUUGAUCAAGCGCUACUUUUCCUUCUCUCGCCUGUAUGAGACUGUACAGCCGCCAACGCUCUGUGCUGUUUUUUAGUUUAUUUUUUAUUGUUAUUCCACAUGUGCUUAGCCAUCCACACACAAAGCUGCAUAGAGGUUCAUGUACUGAUAGUGUUUAAGUUGUGUACGUGUGUUUCAGGGUAAAGGGUUGGGCUGGGGCGGGGCGGUCACGGACCUAUGAAAAUGAAGAUAACGAGGAGGGAGAGCCCUGAUCUGAGCUGUGCAGAGAGACUGUGUGAUUCGAGACAGAGCUGUUUACUUUUUAUUUUUUAUUUAACCUUUAUAUCCUGCAGGUUAGUCCAGGUGAGAUCAAGGGUCUGGUCUGCGAGGGCGACCUUUGGAGGACGGGAGCGAGACACAAACGCAGCAGGUGACAACCAACUGAUCUGAAUGCCCCUCCUGGCUUUACUUGAUUAAUGAACAUUUUAAAAACAAGUUGUUUGGGUGAUCUCGUGUCUGUUUUGUGUGUGUGUUUGUUGGGGUUAUCGUGUGGGGGGGGGGGCAGUUUCGUCCCCCCUCUUCUGUGAACGAUGAAGAGAGCGUCACUGUUUUAAACAAUGCAACUGGUAAACAAGAAAGGUACAGCAGUGUCACCAAAUCCCUGCUCUAUCAGACUGUGGAGUUUGUACAGCUCUAAUCCGAUUCUUUGCUUUGACUUUUAGACGUGAUGUAAUUAAAGAGCUUGGAGAGUUUUUCUGUGACCAGAUGGAGUUGUUGAAGAUUAUUUAGUAAAGCUUCCUCGAUGGAUGAUAAAGAUCAUAUGUAAAAAUCAGCUGGUUCCAUUUUGGUUUUAAGCUGGCAGAAUAUUCAUGUGUUGUGCUCCAAAACUAUUGAAUCUCUUCUCAGAUCUUUCAUCUCCUGUUAAUCUCAGCUUUUAUUAGCAAACAGUGAUGUAAAAACCCACUCAGGUAGUCAUUUAGAUUAAAAGCUAAUAAAUAAUUUAUCGGGCAAAUCCUGAGUUUUAGUUCUUUGAUUGUUCAUCUCUGAGUCGUUGAACUCUUUAAGUUAUGUUAAACUUUUGUUAAAGAUCUAAACCUAAAUAGAUUUGAGGAGUUCAGGAGGAUUUGAAUGCAUUAAGCCAGUGGUAGGCAAUCAGUGGCCCAUGGACCAAAUCUGACCCUCCAACAAAAAGAUUUCACCCCCUGUUGAAAGUUCUACUGUAAAUAACAAUGCAAGUAAGAGACUUGUGUGAAUCCCAAUAAACGAAACCCCGUACAACCGAUAUAAUCAGAGAUUUGCACCUCGAGGCGACAAUAACAAUUUCAUUUUGAUUCAACUGAAUGGAGCAGGCCGCUGCUCAAGUGUGGGUAACCCAUCAGUUAGAUUUCAGUCCCACAGUUAGAGAGGCUGCUGAUAGCGCUGGCACGGUGAUGGGAAAACCGACAUGGGCCCUAAAACGAGUCAAACGUAAAACAAUGGCAGCCUUAUGCGGUAGAGGGCUGCAUCUGCACCGGGCCUGUGAAUCGAAGGUCGCCCCCCCCGUGAACAACCCUAGAAAACCACGCGGCCCAUCGUUGAACCUAACUGCCACUGUGUGACUCUACAGUGAACGAGCGCAGACCGGAACAUAAGUUAUCUUCUCCUGCCAUUUGAUUGUUGAGUUAGUCAACUCUGGUGGACUAUGUUGCAUAGACCAAAUGUAAAAACCCCAACAACUUCACCUCGGGACCAAAGACCGGCUCCCGUUGACCUCCAUGUGUCCGUGAUCACGUGCUCCUUUAAAAAAGCAUUUGGUCUUGACCUUCUAGAAAGUCCCACAAGAGACUGUGUCUGAAACCUCAUCCACUCCCACUAAUUCAACAGACCCAGUAGUUCACCCAGUGGUGAGCAGAUCAGUGAGGUUUCCCUUGAUUGACGGCUGUAGACUGGGACAAGAGUUCCUUUUCGUGUCUUUAAAAUGGGACGCACUGGACUGUGGGACUGUGAGCAGAGAGUAUUGUACCCGUCAUGGACACUAGUGUGUUUUCCACUACGGGAAGUCUUCAGAACGUAGAGCAGAUGUUCAAACAUCACACUGAAUUCAGACAGGAAAUAUAGCGCUGUAAAUAUUAAAUAGGCAGUCCAAGUAAAAACAGAAGGGUUCAAAUCUGAGCGGCAGAGGUGGAGAGAUUCUGAAGUCCUACAUGUCCCAUAAUGCGCCUGGAUGCACAUUCUGUUGGAGGGAAGGUAAUGAUGGGAUAGGUUCCCCGUCGGUCUCACUCCAGGCUCCAGCUGCAUCAACAAACACCAGACGCAAAUGUCGGCCUCAUUUCUUCGUACAAGUAGUACGACCCAGCAGGCGACGAGUGCGAUAACAGCACUGUUAGUGGUUCUACACAGGAGCAGGGUUGGAACAAAGAGCAGUGACGCUGAGCGAACGCAGAGGGUUGAGAAUACCGGGCAGAUGUCGAGGCGGAUACCUCGGAGCUUUCCCGGUCGCGAUUACAACCCGCAGGAGUGCGAAAGGCCCAAAUUCAUUAUCCCGUCAUGAGCCUCUGUCACCGUGCUCACGCUCUGGCAGCAGCCCUCCUCGUCUGCUGCGCGGAUUCUUUCACCUGCAGUUUUAAGACGAGAAUAUAGAGGACCAGAAUUUCCCGAACCAGGGGUCGCCCCACCCGCUCUGUCCGAUUGGCUGCACAGCCUCCAGAUCUCACGGGUCAAAGUUGAAUCCGACUACGUUGCGCGAAGCCGCCGAGGGGGCGCGCCCGGCAGUGAUGUCACAGCGUACUGGAGUACACCCGUAUGUCACUGCAGCCAGGUGAGAAGUGACACCGCUGGAGGUCAGCGAAGACGGGAUUUACAGGGGGGGUGAGUUACUCUUUAAGCGGACAGUUUCACUGACGCCUGCCGAGUAGACGGAGAUUCCUCCUCUGGUCUCUAAACACCGUUCAUCCUGUUUUCACGCUGUGCUGAUGGUGAUCGAAUGAGACGACUUCACGCCACCCGUACCACUGUACGCUCCGUCCUCGGUUACAGUGUUAAAUGUCCUCACAACAACCACUUGAUGACACACCCCAGGAUCUGAUCCAGAUGUUUCUGAUCAGCAUCAGUUUGUCUGAGCUGAGCUGUUUGGAGUGAAUGUGUGGAACUGACAGUAAAAGCUUCCGAGCGACCGAUGAAAUCGACCGGUUCGGACUCUUCGUUGGCAGCGAUGGUGAAAGGAAAAUGAAAUCUAGAUGUGCUCUCUAACGGAAGCACGGCUCGGUCUAUUCUCAGACCAAUGAGCCAUUACGUCCCACGUGAAGGAGAGACGGACCUGAGGACAGUUAUAGCGGCAGAUGACGUCAGGCAGCUGAUGGGGAGACUCCUCCGCUGCCUAUAAACAUCAGCGGCUGCUUCCUGAGGAGCUGAUGUGAACGCGGCAGCUCCGACAUCAGCGGCAGGUACAGAGACCUCCCUGCCCUUCGCUCCACUUCGGCAGGAAACUCCUUUCUUUUUGAAAUACCAUAGUUGAUAUUUACCAUCAGCGCUGACGUGUCUUCUGAAUGGGGCUUGAGGCCAGCGGUGCUUCACUACAAUUUUGAGGAGACAUGGGACCAGCACCUGAACCAGACUUCAACACCUCUGCUUGGCUCCGCCCCUGCGUUAACGCCUCUUGUCAGCCUCCAAUCAGAGCAGCCUGUCCGUACAGCACCGCUCAGCUGAUCCUCAUCGUCAUGGUAACCACCUCCCUCAGCAGCAUCACUGUGCUGGGCAACUCGUUGGUGAUCCUGUCCAUCAAAGUGAACCGCCACCUGCGGACCAUCAACAACUACUUCCUGUUGAGCCUGGCGGUGGCCGACCUGAUCAUCGGCCUGCUCUCCAUGAACCUGUACGCACUCUACCUGCUGUGGGGCCGCUGGCCCCUGGGGGCCGCACUCUGUGACAUGUGGCUCGUUCUGGACUACGUGGUGAGCAGCGCCUCCGUCCUGAACCUGCUGAUCAUCAGUUUGGAUCGGUACUUCUGCAUGAUGCGGCCGCUCAGCUACCCGGCGCGGAGGACGGGCAGGAUGGCCGGUCUGAUGAUCGGAGCCGCAUGGCUACUGUCCUUCGUCCUCUGGGCCCCCGCCAUCCUGUGCUGGCAGAGCGUCGGGGGCAAACGAGUGGUCGCCGAUGGAGAGUGUUACACCCAGCUGCUGGCCAGCCCUGCCGUCACCGUGGGGACGACGCUCCCUUCCUUUUACCUCCCGGCGUUUGUCAUGAUCAUCCUGUACGGCCGCCUUUCCGCCGCCAGCCGUAGCCGCCUGAGCGCGCUCCGGUCAGAGCGAGGCACGCUCAGGACGUUCAGUCCGUCCAUUAAAGACUUCCUCUUGAAACCUCGGAGCUGGGUGACCAGUGACCCCGGCUCAGACCUGUCUCUGAACCAAUCGGCGUCCAGCACUCCGAAGACCAGAAGGAGCCGGAGAGCGUCGGGAUGUCCCGGAGACACGUCAGAGCUGGCAGGCGUCUGUCUGUCUCCUCAGCAGUGUCUCGCUCGGCCUGCCGCCCGCCACGCAGGAAAUGAAGGCUACAACAAGAUCGAAACCGACUCCUCGUCCAACACCGACCUCCACGGUAUGGCCUCGGCGGCGUUCUCCUCCUGUCCCAGCUUCAAGUCUGAGGAGAGGAGGAAGCGUCGAGUGAUGGCGAGGGAGAGGAGGGUCACCAAGACCAUCCUGGCCAUCCUGCUGGCCUUCAUCCUCACCUGGACGCCCUACAACCUCCUGGCCGUCAUCGCUGCCUUCUGCCACGUCUGUAUCCCGGACGGCCUGUGGACCACAGGAUACUGGCUCUGUUACAUCAACAGCGCCAUCAACCCCGGCUGCUACGCUCUGUGCAACGUGACCUUCAGGAAAACCUUCCGCAGCCUCCUGCGCUGCUGCAGCAGGAAGCCGCAGUGACACCGACGCGGUCAAACGUGGUUCUUUCCCUUUCAAAUGUUGCAGGGGAUCUUGCAGUGGAUCUUGUCGGUGCGGUCUUUACAGGUGGCCUCUCUCAGUCCGUCUCCGCAGUCUCCGUGCUCCGGCACACACUUCCCGUACCGGGU